GCGCCCCGGGCCCCGCCACCGGCCCGGCCCGGGAGCGGCGGGGCUGCCGCAGGGAAGGAGAGGCUCAGGGGGCGGCAGAGAGGGAAUAAUCCCGGACGGUGCCGGUGCUGUCGCCGCAUCCCUUUUGUUAUUUAUCGCGGUCGGGGAAGAGGAGGAAGAAAAGCGGGGGAGAGGGCACUUUCCUCCUCUAAAACCGACCGGCCGAAGCCGCCGGUGCGCUGAAGCCGCUGCCCCGGGCAAACGGGCGGAGGAGGACUUUGAUGGAGAAACGCUUUUUCUCCCCUGAUGCAUCGUUCAUUUGAACUGUAAAGAAAUCGCCGAGGGGGCGAGGGGACCUGGAGAGAGAGGCUAUCCAAACGACUCCGCCGAGGCUCCUCCGCCCCCUCCAAGAUGAUGCUUAGCCCGGACCAAGCUGCCGACUCCGACCACCCCUCCUCGGCGCCCUCCGACCCGGAGUCCCUGGGCGGCGCGGACGCCCAGGCGCUCAGCUGCUGCGUCUCCGACCCGGAGCCCGCCGAGGGCGGCGGCGGCGAGGGCCGGGGCGGCGGCGGCGGCGGCGGGGAGGGCCGCGGCGGGGGCCGGCCCGGGCUGCACCCGCCGCCGCUGAGCCGCGAGGAGAAGCGCCGGCGGCGCCGCGCCACGGCCAAGUACCGCUCGGCGCACGCCACUCGGGAGCGGAUCCGCGUGGAGGCCUUCAACCUGGCCUUCGCCGAGCUGCGCAAGCUGCUGCCCACCCUGCCCCCCGACAAGAAGCUCUCCAAGAUCGAGAUCCUGCGCCUCGCCAUCUGCUACAUCUCCUAUCUCAACCACGUGCUGGACGUGUAGCGCCCGGCGGACGCCCGGAGCCCCGGGACCCCCAGUCCCGUCGCCCCGGGUCCGGCCGCGGCGGGCAGCGCCUUCCCCGGGGCGGGCGGCGGGGCGGGGGGGUCCCCGCUGCUUGUGCUCCCCCCACCCCGGACGGCUCCCGCCCGGUCGAGAGCCCGCUCUUCGAAGAGAAGUGUAAAACAGGAUUGUCUCUUCAAGGCUGUCAAGUGCCCCUUUAUAUAUAUCCAAAAACAUCUACUUGUGACCUUAAACGUGUGACCCAUGGGUGCAGUUAAAAAUAACUAUUUUUUAUUUAUGGUAGAAGGAGUUGACAAUUUAUUUUUUUCAAGAUUUAUUUAUUUUUCAGAGUGGUGGCAAUUUUACUUUGGAUACUUCGUGCCAAUUGGUUUCUAUAGUCGGGUGUUUACACUUUCUCCUGUGGAAUAUUAUGUUUGACUUUAUGAGUGUUUGUUGGGAUCAAUACAGUGUUCAUUUUAUUUUAUUUUUAAUUUAUUUUCUCCCUCCAAUUAUAUUGCACUUGUGUACCACAAACCUUCCCUCCCUCCCUGUUUAUAAGUAUAUUUUAUAUAUAUCAAGGCAUUUGUUCUUGACCUUCUUUCUUUCUUUCCUUGUGUGGGAUCAACAACCACUAGCACUUAACUAGGAGAGGGUUUUUUUUUUAAACUUGUUGUUAUUCUGAUCUAUAGUUGCGUCUGAAAAGUACUUUGCAAAUCGUUUAUAAGGGAAGUAGUUUCUUUGUGGGUGUAUAUGUGCGUGUGUGUACACAUGCAUGUGUGUGGGAGUGAGCGUGGGUGUGUAUGUGUGUGGUAUAUUUUUAGGAAAGGACAUUUUUUCCUAAAAAAAAAGAAAAAAAAAAGAAAGAAAAGUAAAUCCAGGACUGCUUUCCUUUGUGACAACCAAAAAAAUUCUAUAACCUGAAAAUGUUUCAUGUUCUUUGCUGUGAAUCUCUUAAAACAAGAAGCGCAUUUUAGGGACAAAAAAGAAAAAGAAAAAAAACCACAUCUGCUAUCCAAAGAUUUUAGUCUUUUUCAGGGUUUUUUUGUGUGUCUAUGUUGCUUUAUAUAAUGCAAUAUUUUGUAGUGAAAAUAGAUAAAUCUGGUUUCUAUCUGAUGCGUUUUUCAUAUCUCUCAUGAAUGGUGAGCUGUUUUGCAUAUAAAUAAAAGUAUCAAAUAAAA